AUGCCUUCGAUUCCAGUUAACCGAUCUGCAACCCAUCCAUCGCUACAUAUCCGGGACGCCCAAGAUGCCCAUGUUGUGCUCGAAGCUGUCAGGCUCAACGUUCUGCCAUUAAUAAAAAGAAGGCUCAUUUCGAGCGAACGCGAACUAUUAACGAGUGGCAACGUGUUCGUCUGGGAGGAAGCUGAAGAUGAAGGGGGAUUGCUGAGGUGGACGGAUGGCAGGAGAUGGUCACAAAGCCGUAUGCGCGGGGACUAUCUGUUCUAUGAAGAGAAGGUCGAGACGACACAGGAAGAAAAGGACGCAAAAGCCGCGCGAAGAGCUCGUCGAGCAUCCGAUCCGACAGCGAUAUUACCUCCCCCCACUAGACGGAAGGACCGUCCUUCAAAGCCAAACGGUUUAACCAAACAAACAUACUCGGCUAUCGUCCAUCUACCGGGGACGAACGAAACGAGAAAAUGGCACGUUGUUGCCUAUUUUUCGGGAAAUGACUAUCUUCACCUCCCGGUGAUCGAAAGUUACGAUUACCUUCGAACCAUAAGGGUCCCAGAGGGUAUUUUCCUAAACAGCAAAUCACUGUCAUCUAGGAUGGAUCAAUACCCAUGUAGCCUCGGUCCUGAUGAGGGUGAUUAUCCGUAUCGAUCCUCAGGUUAUUCGACGCCCAACCCGAACGGUACUCGUACCCAGGGAUCGACUUCCCCUUUGGCUUCUCCCUUGAAUUCACCUUAUCCUGAUAAUAACAGCCUUACCACGUAUCCGCCCCCGCUCUCCCCCCCACUGCCAGGUAAUCGAAGUCAGAGAAUCUCGUUGCCUCCGUUAUCUGCCGUCACCUAUCACUCUGGCUCCGAAUCUUCUUAUUCUCCUCACUCGCAAAGACCACCACUCCUGUUUCGUCGGCAGACCGGACCCCCACUUCAGACGAUGGGUAGAAACUCAGUGGGGUCAGAUUCACCAGGCGCGACGGGUCCCUACGCUCCGCUGUCCGCUGAGGACCGACGUGCCCUGGGAUUGUUAAGGGUAGCCUUCUGA